AUGCACAAGGCUUUCUCCAUGAAAGAGUUGGGUUCCAUUUCCUAUUUUCUGGGCAUAUCCGUUACUCAUUCUUCCCUGGGUUUCUUUCUUUCCCAGUAUAAAUAUGCUUCUGACUUUUUGGUAAAAGCUGGUAUGGUGGAUUGUAAAUCUUGUACCACUCUAGUCUCUAGCAAGCCUUCUUCUUCUGCGGCUGAUGCUCUUCCUUGCUCUAAUCCCUUUCUUUAUCGUAGUAUUGGCGAUCUUCAAUAUCUGACUAUUAUGCGGCCUAAAUUAGCCUAUACUGUGAAUCAAGCCUGCCAAUUUAUGCAUUCUCCUUCUAAUGCUAAUUUUUCUGCUGUUAAGCGGAUUCUCCGCUAUGUUAAGGGUACCUUGUCUCAUGGUCUCACCUUUUCUCCUAGCUCAUUUCAGUUGCAGGCCUUCACAGAUUUCAAUUGGGCUAGUGAUCCUUUCGAUCGGCGCUCUACUUCCAGCUACUGCAUUUUUCUUGGGCAAAUCUCAUCUCUUGGUCCUCUAAAAGGUAGGCUACUGUGUCCCGUUCCUCCACUGAAGCUGAAUAUCGGGCUUUAG